AUGGAGCAUCUACUGAUCUACCUGAUUUUGUUACCAAUUUCUGCUAGUAAUAAUAGUGCUGGACACAGAAUGGAAGGGCACCGCUCAAAUGAAGUAUCAUCUGCCGAAGCUGUCUUAGUGGGAGCAUUGUCCUCUGGUGUUAAUGCUCCCACGUGGUUUGUGCUCAAGAUUACGUUUUUCCUCCUGGCCUUGUGUUUUACGGCGAUGCUUGCGCUAGCAUUUUCAUCGAAAAACUUUGUAAUUGUUGCGCAUGUUCUUCUGCUCGUAACUAUAGGAACCGUGCUAUUUGUGCUGCUUAACAGGUUUCUGGCUGAAGUCGGGCUCGUGCCUGUUGAACAACAGAUGAAGGAGAUGGGCAUCCACAAAACAGAAGCCACAGAUAAAGACAAAAGAAAUUAA